AUGGAAUCCACAUGCUGCGAUGGAAGAAAACUGAAUCUAGGAUUUCAUGGCAGCAUAUCAAUGGAGGCAAAAGCAAGAUACGAAGAGCUGCGGAUACGUGAAUCCCUAAACACGAGGUCGUAUUAUCCCGCUGCCUGUAAGGAGCUUGGGUACAUCCUCAGGAAUGCCUAUUCUAAGGCCCCCAAAAUUCUCCAGUCUCUCAUUUUCGAAGACACCAUUGCCGGCUUCCGCCUCCUCCCUGUCAUGUCGACACAAGCUGCUAUGUCAUCGGCUAAUGUCCUCCUCCAGAACGCAGAAUUUGCUCUUCCAAAACAGAAGAAGAUUUUGGCUGUGACCGCUUGUAAACAAGCUAUGGUCACUUGUAAGAGGCAGGGCAAGUCACAACAAGAGGAGGAAGGUGCGCUGGAGUUUCCUGAAGACAUUCUUAUACACAUCUUCAGUUUCUUAGACAUGCAGUCUCUAGUUUCUGCUGGGAUGGUUAGCAGGUUAUGGUGUAAGGCAGCAAGUGAUGACCAUCUGUGGGAGUCACUUUAUGUUAAGUUCUUUGGAUUUUCAAAUGAUCGUACUAGUAUGAAAAGAAAUGCUUCCCGGAGAGAGGAAUUCAAGAGCGUGUAUGGGAGACCGUCAUAUAAGAAUGUUGCACCUUAUAGAGGCUUCUGCAGUGAGUGCCGCAUAGUUUGGCUCACGGAUUCGAAAUGUUACCGUACACACUCUGGAAGAAUGUGUAGAAAUCACAACAUUUUUCCCAUCUCAAUGCAGAAGAUUGUUGACUAUGUCUUGCACGAUUGUUCCCAAUCAGAAUCUUCUUCAGAUAGUGAUAGUGAUAUAGAAUUCAACUCCAGACUCUGGGCUUACAAUUGUUGA